AUGUUCCAUCAAGAUAAUGCAAGGCCACAUGUAUCUGCAUUCACCGGCUGGACUCUGUAUGGACCCGAAGGGGAUCUUUUUCCACAUCCACCAUAUAGCCCUGGCAUCGCUCCUUCGUACUUCUAUCAUUUUUCGCAGCUGCAUCUUGUUGAUGCUGUUUUCCAUUCUGGACGUGAAAUCCGAAAUGCGGUUGAUCUGUUUUUGGACUCGAGGCCAGAACGUUUCUGGGCCGAAGGAUUUGAAAAACUACAAAAACGCUCGCAGAAAAACAUAGAUUUGGGUGAUGAUUACUACCUGCACUAA